CGAUACUAUCGAUAACUCUAUUUAUUGUGUUUAGCUACAUUCCUGGUAGCACAGAACAAAUUUAACAAAUUAAGGAUAGCAGCCAAACAAGAACUAAGUUCCCGCUAAACCAAUCAUGUCAGGCAUAAACACCUAUUCCACGUUUGUAGCGAAUCGUGGACACUUAGAUGAUCAGAUGCAAAGGGAAAAUCAGUCCAUUGUAGAUCAAAUAAACGCAGAGCAAGAUGUUUUUAAUAAAAUCCAAUAUGCCGACUCACAGGGCGAGUUCAUAUUACCAAUAAAGGAACACAAGGGUCUUGACAAAUACAUGUAUAACCAAGAGGAUGAUACAUCAUUGCGCAAGUACCUCGUCUUUGGAGUUCAAUGGAUUUCCCUGGUCACGGAAAACCUCCUGAGCCAUCCAUUUAUUGUAUUACGUCGGCAGUGCCAGGUUUAUAAUGCUUCAAAGCGUUAUCACUUGCAUCCGUUUACGCUACUGCCAAGCAUUGUCCAUUUGCACCGGCGCCAGGGGCUAACGACGCUUUGGAAAGGUCUGGGAAGCUGUCUUUUGGUGCGAGGCAUGGGUUUAGCCGUCGACGAUGUUAUCUCAAAAUUGACCAGUUGGCCCAAAGGCGUAAACAGUAACACAACGCUUAAGCGCUUUGGGCAACACGUUCUCCUUAAGUGUAUAAGCAUAGCACUAGUUGUGCCUUUUCAUGCCGCCUCUCUGGUGGAGACAGUACAAAGCGACAUAGCAAGCGAAAAGCCUGGACUUUUUGAUGUGUUCCGUGAGGGCAGUCUUCGACUUUUCUUCUGGAGCUAUCUGCAAAAAGGUAGAAUGCUCCCUGCCUGGGCGUUGAUUGGACCUAGUGUAUCGUUAGGCGUCACAAAGUAUCUAUUCAAUUUAGUAAUACGAGGCGUGUCCUCCCGCAUAAUGCUCCGCAAACAAUCGCAAAUGCAAGAAAAUGUUGGCUCGAAGUCUUGCGACGAUACGCUAGAACAUACAAAUUUGGAGAUCUAUGGGAAUCUUAUCGCCACGCUGACUACCGAAGUUAUAUUCUUUCCCUUUGAAACAAUUUUACAUAGAAUCCAGCUACAAGGCACUCGUACCAUAAUCGACAACCUGGAUAACGGCUACGCAGUGGUUCCUAUUCUGACAAACUACCAAGGAGCUGUCGACUGCUAUCAAACAACUAUUAUUUCGGAAGGAUUUGGCGGACUCUACAAGGGCUUUGGGGCUAUGGUCCUGCAAUUUGCAGUACACAUUGCUGUAAUUAAGAUGGCCAAAUGGAUUGUCACCAAAAUCACAGAAGGGAUCUCAAAUCGACCACCACCAUGCAUUGUACAGUACUACAAUCUUGACUGUGUUGCUGGAAAGUCGAGUUCAACGGCCUUGUCGUCAAGUAUUUCAAGUACAGAGGUGGACGCGCCCAUUGAGGAGAGAAUGCUUUGAAAUAGUUAUUAAAAGUAUAGUUCUUUACAGAGUUAUCUAUAUAUAUAAAAUUCUUGUGUCACGGUUAUUUUGGUUGAACUCCCAAACUCGAUUGUUAUGCAAUUUCUAGUGUAUUUUUCCUCAUAUCACCACCCAUUUAGCUUUUAACUACGAAUGUGGGGUUUUUGGAUCAUGUCAGUAUGCUUUGUGACAUCUACACUCUACAUCUACAAUUCUCUGACGUCGAAUGGGGACGUUUGUACGCAUUGAAAGCGGCAGACCGGUCAAAAUAAAACGGAUUUUCUAAAAAAAA